AUGCAGAUGCACAUGUGGGGACACGGGUCGCAGUACCGCCGCGGGCCGGACUCCCUCCGCGGCACGCAGCCGGCGGCGAUGCUCCGGCUCCCGUGCUUCUGCUGCGCGCCGGGGUGCCGGAGCCACGUGGACCACCCGCGGGCGUGGCCGCUCAAGGACUUCCGGACGCUGCAGACGCACUACAAGCGCAGGCACUGUGCCAAGCCAUUCCUCUGCCGCAAGUGCGGCAAGGCGCUCGCCGUGCGCGGCGACUGGCGCACGCACGAGAAGAACUGCGGCCGCCGGUGGCACUGCACCUGCGGCUCCGACUUCAAGCACAAGCGCUCGCUCAAGGAUCACAUUCGGGCCUUCGGGCAGGACCACGUCGAGCGGCCGCCCGCCGCCAAGAUGGGACCGUCGAGCCAUGGACGAUAA